AUGUCGCCCACAACUCUGAAACCUCAUAACAAACAAUGCCAACUCAACUGUUUAAUAAACGACAAUAUCGUCAAAGUCAUAGUUGGACAACGAAAAUUAUGUUCGAUUAUAAUUGUUGUCUUCAGGUUACCACAGCUUGCCGUCUCUGCGAAGAUAUUGUGCCUCCUGAUGGUGGUGAUUUGCGGCGCGGUGCCAUCGAUUCGAUCGGUUCGCCUCUACAGCCAGUGCUCGCACAUGUAUGUGAACGUGUUCCAAAACGGCACUGUUAUGGCCCUCUCCGAUGGAAACGAUCAACCGAAUCUCACCAUCAGCACACGCGGAGUGAGUCUAGAUCUGCUCAUCCACUCGCCUGUGCAGGACAUGUACCUGUGCUUCAACCGCUCGCGUUUGGUCGGCAGGAGAUUGACGAGAUUCCAAGCCGAAAGACAACCGACUUGUCUCUUCAAAGAGGAAUUUGUGGACGGCUACAACAGAUAUCAUUUGGUGAAGAACAAGGAUCGAUACAUAGGCUUCAACAGAAAGGGAAUACAAAUGAGACGCGGGAAGAGUCACAUUCCCGAUCGACAGCACAAGUGUUUCUCGUUUAUAAAGCAAGCCCACGACUUCGACAUCAACAGACACAACACUAUGAUAGCCGGCGAUCCUCCCAAGUGGCGCCCGCAGCGUAGACAACGGCCACCGUCGCAGAACUCCAUAAAAACGCCCUGCCACCUCCGCCACAAUCAUGGCAGGCAUCAGAGGCGGAGGAACUGCGAGGGCACGUAG